CAAAUCAUGUUCGGCAGUUGUUCUGAGGGGCGCAAGAAACAGCGACCGCGUGCGCUCAGUUUUGACUGUUGAAAAUAGCGACAAUCUGUUUACGUUAAACGGUCAAACGCUUCAGAUGCUAUAUAGAUAUACAUAUCGGUUGUAUUUUAUUAACAGACACGUAAACGGCAUUCAAGACAUCAGGAUCACUGCCUUUUAAAGAGAUCAACAUAUCAGAAGUCCUGCGCUGGAAGAUGAUCGGCCAAGCUCUCUGAAACCUCAGUCUGUAAGCAUCUUCAGCGAUGAGCUGGGCCGGAGACGACUGGACCGUGGGUCUGACGGGUCACGUCCUGCAGAAGGUGAAGCAGCUUCAGGCUCAGAAUGAGAAGCUGAACAAGGAAAAACAGCAGAGGCAACUGCAGCUGGACAACUCGGAAGCAGCUCUGCACAAACAGAAGCAGAAGUAUGAGGAGGUGCGUGUGGAGCUGGCUGUGCUUCAGAGAGAGCUGGGAGGAGAGCGGGAGGCAGUGCAAGCGGAGGUGCGCACCAGAGACCGCCUGUCCCACGACCUGCAGGUCAAAACGGCUCAAGUGCACUCGCUAGAGGGACAACUCCAAUCUGCCAAAAAGCAGACACAAAACCUCACACAGGAGAUCAAGCGGCUUGAGGCGGAGCUGGAAAAGCUGCAGAAGGGAAAUGGCUCUGGGGAAUCAACGUUGUUUUCCACACCUUGUUGGAACCUGAGCUCUCCCUGGGACAACAACGGUGGUUUCAGAGCAGAGAGUGAAGGCAAAACACAGCAUGUCAGACAGCAGCUGCAGUUCGGAGACGUCCCCAAGCCUUCAGUGGGCGGGGCUUCCACCCCGUUUCCACAGCAACCACAUAAAUCCCCACCCCUUCGGCGCAACGUCCGCCAAUCAGAACCCUCCACCCCCACCUCUGUGUUUCCAUGGGAACGUGGUGAUUUGUCGUCGACUCCCAAAGGACGACCAGCUUCCUCGGUUUCAUCCAGUGACAUCAUAAUCAAGAGCAAUGACUCUGGUAUGGAGGAGGCCUUGAGGAACGAGAUAGAUGAGCUGCGUGUGCGUGUAUCAGAUCUACAGCGGGAGGCACAGCUGGAGUCUGAGCGCUUGAAGGACGUGGAGUCUCGCCUGGCUCAGGCUAACAGAGAGAUCAGCACCAAAGAACAGAGUCUGACACGCAGCCAAGACCAGCUGACCCGCGCACAGACCCGCAUCACACAGGAGACUGAGCGGGUCCAGUCUGCUGAGCAAAAAGUCAAGCAACUUCAGGAGGAUCUGAAGUGUCAAAGGCAGAAUGCUGAGAGCAGCCGUUGCAGUGCAGAACAGCGCAGGAAAGACCUCGAGAGAGAACAUCAGAGGGAGCUGUCGGAGCUGCAGAGAGAGAGACAGGCUCUGGAGAGACAACAUCAGCAGGAGAGCAACAGACUCAACCAGGAGAUCCAGCAGGCCAGAGCACUUCACAACACACUGCAGGCGCAGCAUGACAAGGUGUGUUUGCAGAAGCAGGGUUUGGAGAGAGAUCUAGAGGAUGUGAGAGGAAAACUGAAGAACACAGAGACUGACCUGAGAGAGAGUCAGAAGAGAGAGACACAGACUGAGGCCAAACUCAUGGAGGCACUGAGGGAGAACGAGAGUCUCACUGUGUCUCUGGGGCAGAUGAAGAAACAGGAGAAAGCUCUACAGGAGGAAGUGAAGCGGUUGACCGAAGAGCUUGCUGAUGCCCUCAAGCUUAUUAAAGAACUGCAGGCUCAGCUGGCCGCACCUCCUCCAGCUGUGCCCGCUCCUCACUCCAGCUCUUCAGGAGACUGCUUCUCUCCCUCUGUUUCCCUCCAUCAUGACCAGUCUCCUCCUUACAACCACUCCUCUCAAGGAAAGAGAGCUCCUAAAAAAGGACGAACAAGAGAAGAGGAUCGAAUGAAAUUCCCCUCCGGCAGAGAGCCAGGGGAGGGCAUCGACUCAGAGCACAUCAGUAAAUUUGAGUCUGAGCAGUUACAGAAAUUUAAAGGAAAAGGCGGUCAAACGCAUCCAAGCGGCUCUCCAAGGCUGAGUGAAACGGAUGUAGACACCUCAGUGACAGAACAAGACACGGGUAUUGAAGAUGUGGACACAGACUCGUUUACAUCUGACUCAACCAGUGGUAUGAUGCCUAAAAGUGAGUCGGACAUCUCUUGCAGCCUACAGUUAGACAUUGCAAAUGACACAUCAGGUAAGACAGAAAAACGUGACUCGAUGCCUCUAAAAGAUCUAAAGAAGGAGAAUGCAGAGCUUCGCGAUGAACUUCGAGAUGUGAAAUCCGACCUUCAGAAGCGACUCGAAGACCUCGAAACCCAGAGGAAAGCGGAAACGGAGGCCAGGACCAAACUGAAACAGUUGAGCCGCAAGCACUCGAUCCAGACAGAGCAGCAACGCGCCAAAUCUCUUGAGCUCAAAGACAGUGUGACGAAACUGGAAACCCAGCUGGAACAAGAGAAGAAGGAGAGCAUGAAACUGAAAGAAACACUUGAUGCACUAGAAAGAGAAGCUGAGAUGAGGCUGGAAGAGAAGGAGAGAGGCCAGGAAGAAGGAACCCAGCUGAAGAACGUCUUGGCUGAGAUGAAGCGAAAGGAGACGGACAUGGAGGAAGAAAUAAUGCGAAUGAAAAAGGACCUGCAAGACCUUCAGCUCAAGCUUGCACAGGAACGGGAGGAAAGAGAGAGGGAGAGAGAAGAGGAAAGGAAGCAGAUCAGAAGAGAGGAAGUAGAAGCACUAAAGAUUGCACAGCUUCAAGAAGAGCUGGACAAUCUUCAAAAGUCUAGGAGUUUAGAGGAGAAAAUAUCAAAAGACAAUCUUCCCGUCACAUAUUUACAACUAGAACACCACCCAAACGAUAAGAAUGACAUUCAAGAGUCCAUCUGUGAUUCUGUGAACCUUCACAAUGCAAAAGUCUGCAAAGAAACCAGAACAAUUAUGGAUCUUGGAGCACAAACUAAACCAACAGAGGACAAGACCUCAGCUGCGGAGACAGGCAGGACUCGAGCAUUGAGCACAGAUGCUUCAGAUUUGGACAGCACUACCUUUUUAGUUUUGGAGGUGGACCGCUUAAGGGCGGCGAGGGAAAGAGAGUCGGAGAAGGCGAAACUAGCUCAAGGAAAGCUGGAGGACUUACAGAAGCAAGUGACCACUCAGACUAAGCACCUUACCCAAGCUUUUGAAAGUCAGAGCAAGCACAUCGAGAACCUGCUGGGAGAGUUGCAUGAUAAAGAAUGCGCUCUCCAGAAGCAGGGUGUGGAACUGCACAAAUGUCUAGAGAAAAUCAGUUUUCUUGAAGAAAAACACACUAGGGUGGACAUCACCCCCAAUGACAUCUCUACAGAGAUGUCAAGAGAACUAAGCUGCGAUUCUGUCUUCAGCAACACGAGUAUAAGUGACCAUGAAAUGUUUAGUGACGAUACGCAACUGAUUUUGAAGGAGAAGGUCUCUCAGCCUUCUGCACAGCUGCUUGUGGAACUCUCUGUUAGUCAAAACAUUGAUCAAACCAACACUAGUGAGAUAUCUGAUAAGCUGCAAGUAACUGAAGCUUCCAAGCCACAUGAAUCAUGUCCCGCUUCAGACGUACAUUGUGAACAUGCUCCAAAUUCUAGUGCAGAUUCAGAAGCACCAGGACUUUCUGAGGUGAUUGAAGAGAAUGCAAGUUCUCUCUUGCCAGAUGAACAGUUGGAUGUUCUGAACUUCCAACAUCCCAUUCCAGAACCUUCCACAGAUGAUAUCAAGGAGCAAGAACAAGUAACAAAGGAAUUACAAGUCACUCAACUUGAGCUGAAUGUGUUAAAGUCUCAGAAUUUGGAGCUUUCUUUACAGGGAGGUGUGAUAAAGGAAGAGCUUCUGACUGUUAAACGAGAGAAUGAAGAGUUGGGCAAAGACACUUGUGCGGAACAAGAUGCCUUGCUUUUAGUGAACACUGAAAACAAAGAAUUGUCCAGUACAAACAAAGGAUUACAAACCAGCUCCUCAUUAGGACAGGAGGAGUUGGUUGUUCUUCAUGAAACCUCUAAAGCAGAGGUUCAUUCUCUUCAGGAGCAGAUCCAGGCAUUACAGGACCAAAUCCAGCACCUCUCUGAGCAGAACAGGACACAAGCUGAAGAACUAGAACUCUGGAAGCUCUCGACCAUGGAAGAAAUAGUGGGCAACAACUCGCCCUCCAUCGUGCUAAAAGAGUUCGAGCUGUUCCUCCCCUGCAGUCCCAGCAAGCUGCAAACGCAGUCCCGAACAACAAGCAGGCGGUGCACUGUCGGAGACGUGACAUAUCGGUCUGGAUUAGAUGACACAAACGACCAGACCAACUUGGGGGAGCAUGUGUCACCUGAGACCCAAAUGACACAUGAUGUGAGGGAAUCUCAAGGGCCUGCUGAGAACCUUAUGACUGGAAAUGAGGGGAUGACCGAAGGACAUGCUCAACACGAAUGCGAGAGCAGCUCUGCCAACCACAGCGACAAAAGUCCUCCUGUCUGUGUCUCAAAUAUAAUGACUAGUAACACUGAAGACAAGCUGUCCCCUCUACUGACCAAACCAACAGAUUACAGUAAUUCAGAGUCUCAGCCGAUUGCCUCAGUGUCUCUCGAGGAUGAGACCAAAGCAGCAGAUGCCAGUGCGAACAGCCAGGACGAUGCCUUAAUCAGUGUUUCCAUCUCAACCAAAUAUCAGACGGAGGUAAUCAACUCAAAUCCAAUCACAGAGUCCUGUGAGACUGCAGACUCCCAGAAUUCUGAUGUGUUAUGCAGUGGGCAUAAUGAGAUUGAAACUAUAGAAACUGUUGGUUUGGAAAAACAAGGGCAUUGUCAUGGAGAUACUUCAAAUAAACAGAGUGAACAACAUGCUACUGUGGAAAAAACACUCAAGAAUGAGCCAGCUCACGGUCAAAGGGCAGAGGUUAGCGAGGUCAUUGGCGUUUCUAACAGAACAGAGGUGAAGAGUGUGUCCACUCAGACAGAGGAGAGCCGUGAGCUGGACUUGAGGGACAAACAUUCCCCCAUCCAUGCCUGCACCCAGACAGAUGGAGAACAGCUGGAGACGGAGCAAGAUGAAGACGAUAAAGAGUCUGCAGACUCGCCGCCCCUCUCUCUGGCCCCACAGACUGUUACGAACCAACUGCUCUUAUCCAGCGUGUUCCCCAUGAGCGACCCAGCUCACCUUGCUGAACGCAUCCGGCAAAACCGCACCCGCAUGUCUGCCGCGUACGACGAGACCGAAUAUGAACCGUACGGCCUGCCCGAGGUCGUCAUGAAGGGAUUUGCUGACAUCCCCAGUGGACCCGCUUGUCCGUAUGUCCUGCGCAGGGGGCUUCUGGGAACUGAUGCACUGCCCCUCCCACGCAGAGAAGCCACGCCCCAAGAGAAAGAUGAUGAAAUAGAGCCAUAGUACUCACACACACCUGAUACCUCCCGUAGGUAUUUACUGUGCUUGCUCUGAAACACAUCUAGAGACGCAUUUGAAGUCAUUUCCACUGGUUAUACUAAUAUAAUUCACAUUUCAGAGCAGCAUCAUCUGUUUUUGUUUCCAGGUUUCCACACUGAAGGAAUUUCACUGCCUCUUUAAUCCUACUGUAAGCGUCAACGAUGUCAUCUGAUCACCAAGACGCUCGAGAGUCCUGCCCUGUCAUGUGAUGUAGAAUUUGAAGUUUUGCGCUCUCUUUUUCUUGGUGGUUCUCAUCAGCUGACAGGCAGUGCCUUAUUGUGUAUAUUGAUGUCAUAUAGUUUUGUUUGAGUAAUGGAGCCGUUUACAAAUUAGCUUUGAAAUACCAAUGUAAUAUAUUUUUGUUUGCGUAAAGGUGGCGAUAGCCCCUCUUUUAGAGACUUGAAUUUUGUGAAUAGCCUUAUUUAUUGACAGACACUUUUUGAAAACUUGCCUUUGUGCACUAGUGUGUGUGUGUGAGAGAGAGAGAGUGAGUGUGUGUGUGGUAUGACUCAGAUCAACCUGAGCCUGUUUCCGUUCCUUGUAUGGCGAUUCACUGUCAGACUGUUUCUUUCUCUCUCUCUGUCAUCUAACAGCUUUAUAACGCACAGUGGAGUAUUUAUAUCACUGUCCGUUUGUAAUGAAGCUUUUGAGAAGGUUUGAGAAAUGGAUACAUUUUUGAUUAGAUUAAUCUGUUUAUCUAAUUCACUGUCAUCUUAGUAUUUGUGUGUACGUUUCUUCUAAAUGUCAAAUGGUUUGUAGAAUUUUCAGUUAGGAAUGUUUACAUUUAUUAAACGUAAAUGAAACCCAAAUGUC